GUCAUUCCGAGAUUCAACAUUGGCAUGAAUAGAUCCGUUUUUGUGAGGGGGUGGUGCCGUCAAAAGGUUGAAGUUUCUAUCGGCAAGACACAUAUUUUCAUUCUUGCCGAGAAAAAACAACCAACAUUACAACCGACAUUACUUUGCUCUUUCAUCAUCAAGUAGGACAAACGAGAAGUCUUUCCUUUUAUCAUUUCGUUUUUCUGGUUUGGACUUGAAAGAUCAUCCCCUGGACGACUAAAAUUGGUCGAUGCAAGAAAUGAAUACUUCUACAUAUUUUUGCACGUUGCAAAAUGUAACGUUCUUACAUGAAAUAAGUUAUAUCACUAACUAGCCCCAGUACAAGCUGCCUCUCUGGUACAAAAUUGGAAUGCUAACUCUAAGCUGCGAUGUUUGUUUCGCUGCUAUUAAGCAGAAUAGAAAGAUGAUUGAAUUUUCUAUCGUGCAAUUUUUUUGAGUGCAAGUUGAACGAAGGUUUCCAUUGGGCCUCUACCUGCCGAUGUCUGAAUGUGAGUGCGUAUGCGGUGAUGUGCGUGCAGUUGUUGUCGAAGCUUCAUUAUGCACUAAACAUUUUGCCGUUCCUAAGUGCAGCAUGGAAUUCCUACAACGUUUCAGGAAUGAUAUUCCAGUUCGUUUCUUCGUUGGUGCAUUCAUUAACAAGCUAAAAUCCGUUUCUGCCUUGGCAAUAAACGACUUUCUUCGAUGACAACUGAUCCCUAGAACGUACGAUACGAUGCUGACACACCCGAAAUAAUAUGCCUAUCACGGUGAAAACAAUACAUGUAAGGUUUGCAAAUACUGAAGAUGAUUCGGUUCAAAAUCAAAUCGAGUCGAAUCAAAUCAGUAUUUCAUAGGUGGUGGCUGCAAACGGCUUCGUUACGCAAUUGAGGGCGGGAGGUAAUCGACAGUAGCGUUGGAGCGUGCAGUAUUGGGGUGAUGGCUCAUCUGCUCGAGCUGUGCCUCCAUGUUCUUUUUCCGCCUUUUCUUCUCCGCACGCAGCGAUUUCGAUUUCUGUCGGGACUUGCGGUUUUCUUCGAGGACCGCCGCCUUGAGGCGGGCGCUCCCGGUGCGGACGUCAUGGGGGUGCUUGAGGACACAGGCCACGCAAAACAGUGAGAUGAGCCCCAGCAGCGAGAUGUAAAAACCCGGGAGCAUCUGCGGAACCAGUGUGUUGAAAAAGUUGGGGUACAUUUCCUCGGGAUCCACCAUCGUGGUCGACUCGUAGUAGAGUGCGGUUGCAACCAGCGGCAUGGUGCCCCCAAAAAGGGUGGCAGCCGUGUUGUGACCCACAGCAACGCCCGUGAAUGAAAGGGUUGGAUCGGCCAUCCACAGCUCCACCUCUAGUGCGGCCAUGCCUCCGGUGACCAAGGCGAGACAGGUGGCCAGCAGAAUCUGCCCCAGAAAGAUUCCCCACCAGCUCUCAGUUUCGAACAUGGCAAACAUCACCGGGCAGGCCACGAUGAGGCCGGGUAGGCCGAUGCACAUAAGGUCCUUGCGGUGGGGAAACCGGUCCGAAGCCUGCCCCGAAAAGAGUAGCAUCACAAUGUAGGUCCCAACGACUGCAAAGUUCAUGGAAUCCGCGUGGGCCUGCGUCAUAAACCCUUUGAGUUCUGACAGGUAUACGGGACAGAACAGAAAGAGGACGUAAAAGGUGCUGGUGGUGGCGCUCAGGAGGCCGAUCAUACCAGCCAGCUGCCGCCUCCGGAAUGGACUGUCCAUGAGAUCCAGAAUAGCGGGUCGGGUGUUGUCAAGUUCUUCCUCGGCUUCCCGGACCUGUUCCUCGAUCACCUUUUGCUCGUUUCGUUCGGCCCAAAACUUGGAUUCCUCUGUCUGAUUGACCACGUGGUAAAGAAGGGGUGCCAAGAGGAGCGAAAACAAGAAAGGAAGUCGCCAGGCCCAGGCAUCCACCUGUUCCUUCGUACAAGAGAAUCGCACACAUGUCGUUACCAGCGAGGCGAGCAAAAAGCCACCGACCUGUUUGCGAAAUCAAAACAUCAGGGAGAAAAGGUAGAAAACGUCUUCUGUGAGUUUGAUAAUACUUCUAUUCUAACGAUCCAUAUCUUCGCCUUCCCACCGAGAUUCCAAAUCAUUCACUUGACUGGUAUAAAUAUCAUUCAAACAGUCAGAUUUGAUUAAAUAACGCACCGAGCUCGCGUCGCAUAUGCUCCCGCGGAAGCCUCUAUUCCGGGCCGAGGACUGCUCGAUCGACAGAACGUACGAACCGGCGAGCUGACCGCCGACCGAAAGCCCCUGUAGCAUGCGCAGGACGACUAGCAAUAUUGGCGAGACCCACCCCAGCGUCUCGUACCCCGGUAGGAUCCCCAUAAGCACCGAGGGGAUUGUGAUGAGCAGAAUGGAAAAGACCAGGGCAUGCUUCCGGCCGACGAUGCGGUCCCCGAUCUCUCCAAACAAUAUGGCUCCGAUCGGCCGCAUUACAAAGGCGGCAAGGUAGACGCCGAAGGAGUUUACCAGCUGGAGUUCCUUCGAGGAUUGGGGAAAGAAGCAGGCACCGAUUUCCGAUGCCAAGAGUCCGUACACGGCAAAGUCAUACCUUUUGUAGCAUGCAAGCACACCAUGGUACAGCAAAGUAGAUUACAUCGCAAUCAAUAACAACACAAAAACGGAACCAAAAAAUAAAAUACAGCCAAAAGAGUCAUGAGAAGAGAUAGUUACCAUGGCAUCCCGUAGCAUAUCACAGGCCGAACGAACAGAGCAGACCAGUGGCACAGAAAUCCACAGCUCUCGAUCCCAACCAAUAUCCUUACCACUCGUAGAUGUUCCCGCCAACGCCGCUGAGCAAUCCCCAGAUGUUGUCGUCUCCGUGGUCGUUGUCCGACGCCGAAUAAAAGCUUAGCUCUUCCUCGCGCAUCUGCUUCUCCGCUUCGGUCAUGUCUGCGUAGCCAGAUAAGUCGUUAUCGUCCAUGCCCAGCCUAUCCAUUCCCUCAAUCCGUGGUUUGACCGCCUUCUGGGACGGCAUUGUUGCUGCCGUUCCUCCGAUGGUUGUGGCAUCAAUCAAGGGGGCAAUGGUCGGGGCAGCGGGUGGGGGUUGUGACGAUGAAUUCAUGGCGUUUGUUUGUUUUUCCGAUCUGCUUUUUGGAACCUCGUUUCAACAAAAAAGACUAAGAAAUUUGUUGUCCGCUUUUCGCUUUCGUAUCGAAUCGAAUCGAUUCGAUUUUUCCAAAUCGGUGGCUUGCAAUUCGAGUCGCAGCUUGGUUCUGACCCGUUUCUUAGUCGAAGGAUCAGACAGAAAACUUUUUCCGGAUGCUAGAAGGGACAGCAAGCAAUGUAACUCCCAAAGCUAGUAAGAACUGGUAUUGGGUUUUGUGCUAAUGUAUGAGUACCCAAGUACAGUUCUCAUAUGUAGCAUGCCGCUUCAACGAUGAUUCGAUUCGUUUGAGAUGAUUCUAUUUGAGAUGAUUCUAUUCUCGGACGCAAGUUCGGUAGGUACGAGUACUCGUAGACGUAGACGCUACUGCCGUACGACGGGCCAUGCGUUGCACAAAGGUUCAAUGCUCAGCAAUGCGAUUGGAUUUCUCCUUUUUCGGCACAACAAACAAGAAAACACGGGAUCAGAG